AUGCCGAUUGCUUUGAACAACAUCGGCUACCGGACGUACUUCGCUAAUGCGAUCUGGGACAUUGCCAUCAUCGGGUUGAUCUGGUACUAUUGGGUUGAGACUAAAAACCUUACUUUGGAGGAGAUUGACGCCAUCUUCGAAGAGAAACACAGCAACGUUCCGGACAUCGAACAGAUCCGUACCGGCAAAGCAACGUUGGACGUCGGAGCCGUCGAGCAGGAAUUGGAGAAGAAGGUUAUCGCUACGAAGAGGGGAUGA